AUGGAUUUCGAAUACAACCCCAACCGCGGCCGUGUCGUCUUCGGCAGCGGCACACUUCAGAAACUGCCCGAUGAGGUCGCCCGUCUGCAGGUGAAGAACCCGCUGGUACUAUCGACGCCCCAUCAACUUGACCAGGCGGGCAUGGUCAAGGAUGUGCUGAAGGGCCAGGUCGCUGGUAUCUUCAGUGAGGCCACCAUGCACACACCUACCAACAUUACCGACAAGGCUCUCGAGUAUGCCAAGGCACAGGGAGCUGACUCGGUCAUCUCCAUUGGUGGUGGAAGUACAAUUGGUCUCGGAAAGGCUAUCAGCAUUCGUACUGGAUUGCCUCAUAUCUGCAUUCCGACGACUUAUGCCGGUAGUGAGAUGACUCCUAUUCUCGGCGAGACUGCCGAUGGGUUGAAGAAGACUCGCUCUGACCCCAAGAUCUUGCCUGAGAUUGUCAUUUAUGAUGUUGACUUGACGAUGACCCUGCCAGCGGCUAUGAGUGCCACUAGCGGUGUCAAUGCCAUUGCUCAUGCUGUCGAGGCUCUCUAUGCACGCAACACUAACCCAAUCAUCACCUUGAUGGCAUUGGAAGGCACAAAGGCACUUGCUGCUGCCCUCCCAGAAAUUGUCCAAGACCCAACCUCCCAAUCUGCCAGAACCAAGGCUCUUUACGGUGCUUGGCUCUGUGGAACAUGCUUGGGCAGCGUUGGCAUGUCCAUCCACCACAAGCUAUGCCACACCCUCGGCGGCAGCUUUAACCUCCCUCAUGCCGAGACCCACACUGCAGUCCUGCCGCAUGCCAUCUCAUACAAUGCGCCUAACAUCCCCGAGACUAUGAAGCAGCUCGCCGACGUGCUGCCGGAAAGCAACGGUGACGCCAUUCACGGUCUGAAUGUGCUCUUGACCAAGCUUAAGGUCAAGCGUGGCGUGAAGGACUUUGGAAUGAAGGAGGAGGAUAUCGACAAAGCCGCUGAUAUUGCGCUUUCCAAUGCCUACUGGAACCCUCGUCCGAUUGAGCAUGAUCCUAUCCGUGAACUACUGCGCAGAGUUUGGGCGGGUGAGCCGGCUCGGGCCAACCUGUAG